AUGCAGUACCGAACCCAGCCCCAUGCAGUACCAAACCCAGCCCCAUGCAGUACCGAACCCAGCCCCAUGCAGUACCGAACCCAGCCCCAUGCAGUCCCGAACACAGCCCCAUGCAGUCCAGAACCCAGCCCCAUGCAGUCCAGAACCCAGCCCCAUGCAGUCCAGAACCCAGCCCCAUGCAGUCCCCAGCCCAGCCCCAUGCAGUCCCGAACCCAGCCCCAUGCAGUCCAGAACCCAACCCCAAUCCCAAACCCAAUCCCAUGCAGUCCCGAACCCAACCCCAUGCAGUCUGGAACCCAGCCCAUGCAGUACCGAACCCAACCCCAUGCAGUCCAGAACCCAACUCCAUGCAGUCCGGAACCCAGCCCCAUGCAGUCCGGAACCCAGCCCCAUGCAGUCCGGAACCCAGCCCCAUGCAGUCCCGAACCCAGCCCCAUGCAGCCCAAACCCAGCCCCAUGCAGUCCAGAACCCAAACCCCAUGCAGUCGCGAACCCAGCCCCAUGCAGUCCCAAACCCAGCCCCAUGCAGUCGCGAACCCAGCCCCAUGCAGUCCCAAACCCAGCCCCAUGCAAAUCUGA